CCCGCUCUUAUCUUACGCCCUACUUCGUCUUCCGUUUUCUGAAGAUUUACUCGACCUAUUCUGGCGAAUUUAUUAUCUUCGUCUCGUCGUCUUGUAAGCUCAGCAAUGUCAAAGCCAAGGGUUUUUUUCAAUAUCACCAUCGGCGGAAGUCCAGCCGGACGAGUUGUGAUGGAGCUCAGAAGCGAUGCAGUUCCCAAGACUGCAGAGAACUUCCGUGCACUGUGCACUGGUGAGAAGGGAUUUGGCUACAAAGGGAGUAAAUUCCAUCGAAUCAUUCCCGGGUUUAUGUGUCAGGGUGGAGAUUUUACUAAUGGCAAUGGAACUGGUGGCAAAUCCAUUUAUGGUGAAAAGUUUGCUGAUGAAAACUUUUCCUUAAAGCAUACUGGUGCUGGGAUCCUAUCUAUGGCCAAUGCUGGCCCCAACACCAAUGGAUCACAGUUUUUUAUUUGCACCGCUAAAACUACGUGGCUGGAUGGCAAACAUGUUGUGUUUGGAAGCGUUGUGGAGGGUAUGGAUGUCGUCAGGAAAAUGGAAGCGAUAGGUUCUGACUCUGGCAAAACAGCAAAGCCAGUAGCAAUAUCAGAUUGUGGGCAGUUGAAUUGAAACAACCACCUUUGAUCUGCUGAACAUGUAAACUGUAAAAUGGUAGAGAUCAGGAAAUAAAACUUCAAGUUGUUUUUGCAGUUUGUUAACUAUAAA